AUGCUCUCCCGUCAGCACGCCGCGGUAGUAGACGACCCCGAGCGCCUGCUCAAAGCUCAACGCCCCGGCCGCCUAAGCCGCCGCGACCUCCCCGCUGGAGUGGCUGAUCACCCCGGCCAGCAGGUCCACGAGGCAGAUCUGCAGCGCGACGCGACGCAGGUGGGCUGGAUCAGCCACGGCUUAUCGACCCGCGUGGUGUCCUGGUCGCGCCCGAGCUCCUCGACCAGCGACCAGCCACGCCCCGUGCUUCUUGAGCGCCUCGUCUGCCCUCGUCAUGGAACUCGCGGAAUGCCGAGGACAUGGACGAGAGCUCCCGCCCCCAUGGCGUGCCACUGGGCGCCUUGGCCGCUGAAGACGAAGCCGAUCCGAGGCCAGACACGGCUGAAAGAUCCUGCAAAAACCGCCCGUUGCUGCCGACCAGCUGGUCCAUCGGGAUCCCGGCUGCAGAAAAGCCAUGCAGAUGUCGCUUCAAAUGUCAGCUCAAGCAACAUCCGGACCCGAGGAUCCAGAGAGUUUGCCAUCUCUUCUGAAAAGCUGAAGAAGGAUGCUUCAAACCCCAACCCCGCUUCUCUUUUGGCCCGUUCAGUAUGA